AUGUCAUAUGGCGGGACUCGCGGUGGCCGUCCGUUGGAAGAAAAGCCUUAUCUGGACGGAUAUGACGGCAACACAUAUCGCCCAUUCGCCGACCUUAUACGCCUGGAGAAGAUAGACGACAGAACAUAUAGGUCUGUUGCUCCUCCAUUUGCUCCUGGUGGCAGGUUCGGUGUUGGGAGAUCAUACGGUGCUCACGUCUACUGUCAAGCUGCUUGGGCGGCGUGUCAAACGGUGGACAAGGGCUUCCUGCUUCAUGUAUGUAUUGAAUUCUGCCCUCUCGAACACGCAACGAGAUGCUGACUUUGCGCUAGAAUGUCUCUGGGAACUUCAUCCUCGCCGGUCAACUCACCGUGCCUUUCGUCUACAAUGUUGACAUUGUCCGAAAUGGUCGCUCAUAUUGCACACGGAUCGUGAGCGUCACUCAGAGCGAAGGAAAGGGUGUCUGCUUCACUUGCAUUUGCUCUUUUAAGACCCCGGAACCCCUGCAGGUGGAAUCGCAGCAAGACAUGGACCUCUGGAAAGAGUAUGGCGCGAUGCUCGGUGGCAAGAAACCGGAAGACUUUCCCGAAUGUCCUGGUAUGGAUGUCCCGUUCUAUUGGAAACAGCGAGCGCAAACUGGUGUCAAUGAUGAGUUCCCCGGACUGGAAUGCCGCAGAGUCGACAUGGAGAGGUAUAACGAAUCAAAGCAUCCACUGGAUCGAAAGCAACUCAUCUUCUACCGAACGAUCGGCUCGAUGCCCGAUGAUCCAAACAUGCAUCUGUGUGCUCGUAGGUAUACGACAGUACUAGGAGUUUCGUUGCUGACGCUCUUUCCCCUAGACCUGUACGCGUCGGAUCGCAAUUCUCUUUACAACGUAGCGAAUGCAUUCGAUCUUGGAGACCGUUUCACGCAAAUGAGCUCAUUGGUACACACCGUGGUCUUUCACAGUCCUGCUAAGCAGCUGGCUUUCGGUCCUGGAAGCGGCCGGUCACCGUCUGACAGCAACGGGGGCCGAUGGUUCUGCAUGGAGGCCUAUGCCAGCCGUAUAGGCAGUGGUAGAGCCCUUUAUCAAUGCCGUAUCUGGAAUCCGGAAGGAAUAAACGUCACGACUGCAAUGCAGGACGGCCUCAUCCGAUUUAUAGAUGGAGGCAAAGCUUCGAAAGAGGAGGAAGAUGAAUUUGCGGAUGUUCAGAAGCACUGGAAGAGACAAGAGAAGCUUUGA